UACAGAGCCUCCCGCUCCUCUGGUGGAGGAAGGGGCUCCUGAGACUCAGGUAGCCUCCGAGUCUCCGGAGAGUCCGCUCCCGGAGGUGGGAGUCCAGGGGGGAAGCCCCCCUGUAAACGAAGUGUCUGAGCAGGCAAACAAAAAAACUGACAGCCAGCCAGAGUCUAUUGAAAUCAACGAAACUGAGGGGAAAGGGAGCAGUGCUGAAAUGCUGUGUGAGGACAUGGAGGAAGGCAUCAGUGAUGAUGAAAUGUUUAAAUUAACACAGAAAAGGAAGAGUUCAGGCUCUGGGCACAGCAAUGCCAAAGCCUGCAAGGCAAGCCGUGGGGUCAGGUCCAGCCAGGGGAGCGCUCCCUCCUCUCAGGAGGACGAGGACGGCCUCUACCCCCCCUCUGACAUCAGAACCUUCCUGGAGACAACUAAAGGCCAGAGGCUGCCCUCGGUGGAGGAUCACUUCCCUGACCUCAAACUGUUUUUAAAAUCCUCCAAACCGCUCACAAGAAAAACAGGCAGCGAUGAGUUUUUAACAGACCAACAGAUUUAUAGACUCAGGAAACUCAUGUUGAGAGUAAAAGGCCAAAUGAUCCCUGAUGAUGAUGAGUUUUAAAAAGUCCUUUUACUCUUCUCCUUUACUGACCUGUUUUCUGUUUUUUCUUUUUCUUUUAUCCAUGUGUGAUUUUAAAAUCAGCACUUUAAAUGUGAACGGAGCCAGAGCUGAUUUUAAAAGAGCGGCAGUUUUUAAACUGAUGGAUAUUAACAAAAUAGAUAUUAUGUUUUUACAAGAAACCCACAGCACAGAAGACAAUGUGAGCGACUGGAAGAGGGCUUUUAAUGGGGAAGUGAUUUUAAGCCACAAGUCCAGCUGCAGUGGGGGGGUGGGUAUUCUUUUUGCCAGGAGUUUUUUACCACUUUCCUUUAAUAUGGAAGAAAUUAUUCCAGGUGUUUUGUUAAAAGUCCAAGCUAAAUAUGAAAAUGUCAAGCUGGUGUUUUUAAAUGUCUAUGCGCCCACGAGUAGGGUGGACAGGAUGGCACUUUUAAACAUUUUAGAUGACACUGUUCAAACCUGUAGUGGUGAUGAUUUUAUGUUUUUAGGAGGUGAUUUUAACUGCACAGAAAAUCCCACUUUAGACAGGAAUCAUUUAGAGCCACAUCCUGCAUCAGGCCUCAGAAUGAACCAAUUGACUGAGGCACAUGCUCUUUCUGAUGUGUGGAGGGUUUUUAACAGUAAUGACAGACAAUACACCUGGAGCCAUGCCAGAGACAAUGUUUUAUCCCUGGCUAGACUGGAUCGACUCUAUUGUUUUAAACACCAUUUAAAUAUUUUUAAAAGGUGUUUUAUUCAGCCGGUGGGUUUUACUGAUCAUUGUUUAGUCUCUUGCUCUGUUUUUAUUAGAAAUGUUCGUUUAAAGAGCGCCUACUGGCAUUUUAACACAGCUCUUUUAAACGACCAGGCUUUUAGAAAUGCUUUUAAGUUGUUUUGGUUUUCCCACAGAGAGAGCAGGCCUGCCUUCCGUAGCAUUCAGCAGUGGUGGGACUUCGGGAAAACGCAAACAAAACAACUUUGCCAGCAGUUCACUCGCAAUGUCAGUAGAGAUUUAACCCGGACAAUGAGGGAUCUGGAGAGACAGGUAGAAGAAUUACAGUCUUUAGUAGCUUCUACAGGAAAUCGAGGGCAUUUAGACUCCCUCAAGGCCAAACAGUCGGCUAUAGCCAACCUGCUGGGGGUCUCAGCACAGGGGGCUCUGGUCAGGUCCCGGUUUAUGAACAUCUCACAGAUGGAUGCCCCCUCCCAGUUUUUCUUUGGGUUGGAGCAAAAAAAUGGACAAAGGAAGACCAUUCACUGUUUACGAACGGGUAGCGGCUCUGAAGUCUCAGACUCGUCUGAGAUCAGGAAGUGUGCUACCGGUUUCUAUCGAGACCUCUUUAAGAGUGAGUGGUCAAGCAAUCCAGAUGUGCACAACAAUUUUCUGGAUGGUCUCCCUCAGGUUAGCAGGAGCAACAACACAGAGCUAGCCGCACAAAUUACCAAGGAGGAGCUGCACAGAGCCACCAUGAGCCUGCAGAGCGGCAAAGCUCCAGGGAUAGACGGCCUUCCUGCAGAUUUUUUUAAGUCCUUCUGGGACAUCUUAGGACAGGAUCUGCUCGAGGUAGUCAACGAUAGUUUACAGACUGGAAGGCUACCUCUGAGCUGCAGGAGGGCCGUAAUCACCCUGCUGCCGAAGAAGGGAGACCUUCAAGAGUUAAAGAACUGGAGGCCGGUCUCUCUGUUGUGCACGGAUUACAAAAUCCUGUCCAAAGCUCUAGCCCUCAGACUAAGGGAGGUGAUGGCGUCUGUCAUCCACCCUGACCAGACUUACUGUGUGCCCGGCAGGCUCAUAAGUGACAACGUCACUUUGAUUCGAGAUGUUUUGGACCUCUCCAGUUCAUUGGCAAUAGAGACUGGUCUUAUUUCCAUAGACCAGGAAAAGGCUUUUGACCGGGUUGAACACCAGUACUUAUGGCAGACUCUGGCUGCUUUUGGGUUCAACCCAGGCUUUAUAGCCAUGAUCCAGGUUUUCUAUACAGACAUUGCGAGUGUUCUUAAAAUAAAUGGUGGGCUGAGUGCUCCUUUUAACAUUAAGAGAGGGGUGAGGCAGGGAUGCUCUCUCUCUGGGAUGCUGUACUCUCUGGCCAUCGAGCCUCUGCUCCAUAAGCUAAGGAAGGUUUUAAAAGGUGUGUGUUUCCCCCAGUGCAGUGUGUCUUUUAAAUUAUCUGUGUAUGCAGAUGAUCUCAUUAUACUUGUGAACACACAAAAAGACAUUGAUAUUUUAUCUGACACUGUAAAUAACUUUGGUUUUAUCUCUUCUGCAAAGGUGAACUGGGGGAAGAGCGAGGCUCUGAUGGUUGGAGAGAAGCUGGGGGAUCGGCUCAGGCUGCCUGGAGGUCUGGCCUGGAAGAAAGGAGGACUCCAAUACCUCGGUGUCUUCCUGGGAGAUGAGACCCACAUUAGGAGAAAUUGGGACAAUGUCCUAGAGAAGGUUAAAGGUCGAUUGAUAAAAUGGAAGUGGCUGUUGCCCAAGAUGUCAUACAGAGGCCGGACAUUAAUAAUAAACAACCUGGUCUCAUCUACCCUGUGGCACCGGCUGGCCUGUGUCGAUCCUCCACCUUCUCUCCUGGCAGAGGUACAACGGGUUUUAAUAGAUUUCUUUUGGGGCAGGAUGCACUGGAUCCCACAGAGUGUCCUUUUCCUUCCUACAGAGGAGGGGGGGCAGGGCCUGGUCCAUCUGGCCAGCAGGGGCGCUGCCUUCCGCCUUCAGUUCUUACAGAGAUUGCUGACCGGGCCAAGGGACGCUCUGUGGAGACCUCUGUCCCGGUGCAUCCUGCAACAUUUUAACAGCCUGGGUCUGGAUUUUAGCCUGUUUUUAAUGAAUGAUAACAAGAUAGUCUCACCAUCUCUUCCUGGUUUUUAUAAGAGUGUUUUUAAAGUGUGGUACCUGUUAAAAAAAGAGCGAAGGUUACAGGGGGACUCCCUGCACUGGCUGCUGCAAGAGCCUGUCCUGUACGGGACCAUUCUGGAUCCCCCCCGCUGGGCACAAGGUACCCUCUCCAGACUGCUGCAGGCUGCCGGGGUCUCUACGCUGGGUCAGGUGGUGGAGCUAGCCGGUCCUGAACUGGAAGACCCCACAGGGCUGGCCAACAAACUUGGCAUCAGAUCCGGACGGACAAUGGAGAGGGUGCUUGGCCACUGGAGGACAAGACUCACUGAUCAGGACAUCUUGCUUUUAAACUCCUUUAAGGAUGGGUCCAUUUCCCCCAAUGCUGAGGACCCUUUCCCCGCCACUUUCCUGGCAAUGGAUUUAAAUGACUGUUCUGGACCUCUGUUUCAGCCUGCUCGCCCGGUUCCCCUGGAGGGAGUUGCCGGAAAAACUCUAUACAGACUAAUGGUAAAAACACUAAACAUUAAAAAACUGAAUGGACGGAGAGACACUCCUUGGAGGAGCUAUUUUGCCGGAGCCCAAGAAACCGGACCUCAGUGGAGGUCGCUGUACAAACCUCCACUGAGUAAGAGACAUGGAGACCUCCAGUGGAGGUUGCUCCACGGCAUAAUAGCAGUGAACGCUUUUUUAUCAAUAAUUAAGAAUUCAGUGGAAGACAAAUGCCCGUUUUGUAAUGUAAAAGAAACUCUCUUUCACUGUUUUUAUGAGUGUCACCGUCUGUCUGUUUUGUUUCUGUUUUUACAAGUGGUUUUUACCAGUUUUAAAGAGGUUUUUAACAAGCAGGGUUUUAUUUAUGGUUUUAAAUACACUCGCCAACAAAAACAUAAAAGCCAGCUUUUAAACUUUGUUUUAGGGCAGGCUAAGAUGGCCGUGUAUAUAACCAGGAAGAGGAAGGUAGAGCAGGACGUCCACAUUGAGCCGGUCCCUGUCUGCAUCAACAUGAUUAAAUCAAGAAUAUUGGUUGAUUUUAGUUUUUAUAAAGCAGCAGGUGACCUGGACUCUUUUAAUGAUCUGUGGUGUUUUCAAGAUGUUUUAUGUUCUGUGACAGAUCGAGAACUUUUGUAUGCUGAUUAUCUUGUGUGAUUUUAUUUAUUUAUUCAUAGCUAAACGUGUAUUUUAAAAUAACUUAU